AUGCGCUGCUGCUGCUGCUGCUGCUGCUGCUGCUGCUGCUGCUGCUGCUGCUGCCAUUUCCAAGGAGAUGUCUCUGGUGGCUUCAUCACCGGCUCUCACAUUCGAGUGUCCUCGAUGGGGAUGUCAUCCUGUGAACAGGCCUGUGGUGCUGUGCCUAGAACCCUAACAAAAGAGGUGAGAAAUCCUGCCAAGAGCAGCUCCAUGCCAGCCAACGACCCAUCGACCGACGGACGAUGCGGUGACCGUGUAGAGAAUGAAUCUUAUCGAGAGAACGAAAAGGGUGCCAGAAAGACCACCAUAGCAGAUGCACGUGGUGGCGGAGGGAGCUACAAAAUCGGAAAGGAAGACAUAAAGGUGACUGAGCUGAGGAAACAGUCAGAACAGGCUGGGGUGGGUGCCCCGUUGUCCUUGGGGAGCUUCCAAGCCUCUACAGAACCGGGUCUUCCCCUGAAGCAACAGAUGCAACACGGGACAUUGCCUGCGACUACGUGGAUGUCACACAAAGCCUCCUCUGAAGACCCAACCCACGGCCACUUGUGGUUAGACAGGCCGUCUCUACUCAGUCAGCACACGGUGAGGGGCCUGGUGACUUUGUUCCUGCACACUGAGCUGAUUGAGCACCAGCCUGGGAGGAACAGGACACGGGACAGCAGGGGCAGCUCUGGCCAUGACCCGGUUUGAACCACGCGGGCCACCUACCGUGGAGACUUCGUGAUCAUUCUGGAUCUCAUUGCUGGUCUCUCCUGGGACACCGUCGACCCCUGGGCUGCAGCCCGGCUCCAGAGAUGCUCUCUCCUUUUGCUUGGUCUCCAGCUCGGGGACAACAGUGCCCUCUACUCUUCCAGGAGAACUUUGGGGGGCCUUCUCCCUGACUGCUCCCGCCUCUGGUGUCUUGGCAUCUGCGCUUUUCUGUCCGGACCCCUCCUCUUCAUCUGCCACACUCUCCUCAGAGGCUGUCCCUUCAGUGGCCUUCUCAGUGUCUGUAUGCUCUCCGGCUGCUGUCCCUUUCUCAGCCUCUGCGCUGCAGGUUUGGGGGGGCUCUGGGGCCUCCAGACCACCCUGGCCAGCUGUGUCUGGAUUCUGUCCAGCCUUGUCUCCCGCACUGGCCUCCUCUGGGGUCCCGACCUGCUCUUCUGGCUUCUCCAGGCUGUUGCUCCUUCGAGGAGCCUUUUCUGCAGACCCCAGGGGUCCCUCCACCCCAUCUCCCAAGGCCUCUUGGUUGGGUGGGGGAGACCCGGGGGCCUUGUUCUUGCCAGGGAACACAUCAUCCCCGUUCUCUUCCCUGGUACCAUUUUCCUGAGAUGGUUCCACAGCCCUGUAGUCCCCAAGGUCCCCACAGUCUGACUGGGACCGCCGGAAUUGCCGGGAGGGAGGACGUCUUUUAAUUGAGCCUCUUGUCCGCACCUGGGAGAAGAUAUGAGGGACUAUUAUCUUGAAAAUAAAAAAGCCCAAGAGAAG